AUGAAGAAACCGAUUCUGGCCAACCUUAAAGUGUUUGGAUGCCACGCGUAUGUUCAAGUGCCUCAAGACAAACGCGCGAAGUUCGACUCCAAGUCAUCACUCUGUCGUUUCCUGGGAUACGCCGAACACCAGAAGUCAUAUCGAUUUGAGGAAGUGUCAACAGGAGCGAUCAAGAUCAGUCGCGAUGCCACAUUCAUGGAAGACAAGUUUGAUGAAGGUCCGCGCAACUACAACGAUGAGUCAAGUGCCGUUGAGUUUGAUGAUCAAGACGAGGACGAAGAAAAAGAAGAAGGUAAAACUGACGACGACAUGGACUCGAGCGACGAUGACAACGAAGACACCAGGUCUUCGAAGAGCAACAUCAAGAGACACACGCGCACUCAAUCACUUGAGAAAGCUACCGUCAUUCCAAGUCCCAAGCGAAGAACGUACAGAGGUCCGUCGCUUGAGCAUGUGUCAGCGGCUGCAAUGGAUUUUGAAGCAGCCUACAUCGUUGAUUCAGUGGGGGAAACGCCGACUACAUUCAAGUCGGCGAUGGAAUCAAGCGACUCCGGCAAGUGGAAAGAAGCGUGUGACUCGGAGUUCGACUCGCUUCAGAGAAACGACACGUGGGAAAUCGUGCCUCUUCCGAAAGGUCGCAAGGCCAUCGGGUGCCGAUGGGUUUUUCGUGUAAAGGAGAAUCAAGAUGGCGAAGUUGAACGUUUCAAGGCAAGACUUGUGGCCAAAGGAUUCUCACAGAAAUUCGGAGUUGACUAUGAAGAAACUUUCGCACCGGUGGCCAAGUUCACAUCGAUUCGUGUGGUGCUCAGUAUGGCGGCCAAGUACGGCCUAAUGCUACAUCAGAUGGACGUCAAGACAGCGUUUCUUAACGGCUCCCUCAACGAAGACAUCUACAUGGACCAGCCGGACGGAUACCUGGAUGCAACACAGCCGGACUAUGUGUGCAAGCUAAAGAGAUCACUCUACGGCUUGAAGCAAUCGCCUCGCAUGUGGAACCAAACAAUCGAUGGGUUCAUGAUCAAGAUGGGAUUCAAGAAGUGCGAAUCGGACCUGAUGAACUUUAGACUUCUUGGUCCGAGUGCAAAACGCAAAGUGAAUAUAUAUUUAUAA